ACUAGGUAGGGGAAGGGGAUUGGAAAUUAGACAGUCAGAAUAAGGUCUUGAGGGGGUGAAAAUUUCCUCCCAGAAGGUCUCUGAUGGUUCUGGUGUCCUGGGCACCCAGAAUAAGUGUGUCACCAUUUGUCCUGAAGCUGACUUCUCUGAGCUGGAUGGCACCCUGGACAUCAACCGGCCCUUCACCCUCACCUCACACAGGAGGGACACUGGCCCAUAGACAGGAUGCCUGCUGUGGUCACCAGCUGGAGGGUGGCAGACCUUGGGUACCUAAGCUUUGGACUCUGCCACACAGAGCACUUCCUCAGUCCCUCCUGCCGCCCCUGGCAGGGUGGAGCUGGCAGGGAGACCCUGUGCGCUUGGCUGCCGGCGCGCUGGAUGUCCAGGGUGCCCUCGGGGCGGCCGGGGCAGAACACGGCCGUGUGCACCUCGACGGCGGGGCUGUGCGGCGCGAGGACUCGGCUGAGCAGGCCUCCAUGCGGCGGCGCGCCUCGGCCGCCUCCUCCUGCCGCGGCUGCACCACGAUCCCCACCAGCGCGGCGGGCGGGCGUCGGUCCCGGGCGCGCAGCUGUUGCAGGAGCAGCUGCAGCCGAGGCAGCUGCGUGAGGAGCGCCGGCGCGCGGCACAGCACCAGGAGCAGCUGCGCGCCCGGCUCGUGCGGGUGCUGCGCCGCCUGGCGCCCAGACGCUGUGUCCUCCGCCGCGGAGGCGGGGGUCCCAGGAGGGGCCCCAGGCGCCUCGCGCGGGUCCUCGGCCUUGGGCCCGGAGCACCGCGGCUUCUUGUUGAAGCGCUUGGACUUCGUGGCCGGGCAGUCGUCGCGGUUCAUUGAGCUGUCGCCCGAGCGCUUGGGCCGCCGCGCGGUGCAGUUGCUGGCGCUGGUGUGGCCGCUCCUGUCUGCGGCGGACGAGGGCCCCGGGAGCUGA